AUGGUCUCUGAUUGGGCGCAAAAAGGCAAACAACGAGCUCCUUCAGCAUCCAUCCGUACAUGGCCCCGAGAUGACUCUGAUAGUUCCGGAGGAGGAGAUGGAAUAGUGGUACCACUGCAAUAUGUAGGCACAACGGCGUAUAAUGCUGCUUAUACCCUUCCAAUAACUCUAGGCUCCAAUAAUCUUAACGUCUCUCUCCAAAUAGAUACAGGUUCAUCCGAUCUUUGGGUAACCGCCUCUUCAUGCUCUACCUCCUCUUGCAACAACGUCCCUAGUAACAAACGAUACGAUGCAUCCUCUAGUUCCACCUCCAUAGCAAGCGGUUCUUCAUUUAAUGUCAGUUACUUGGAAGGUCAAGCAUUGGGACUGGUUGUAUGGGAUUCUGUUGACAUCGGUGGUUACACUAUAGACACUCAAGCUUUCGCCGCAGCUUCCACGGUGAAUUCGGAACCCUUGUCUUCUUCUUUCAACGGCAUUAUAGGCCUUGCGCUUCCUGAUAAUAGCAUCAUAAGCCGAACCAUUCCUUCAAGUUCUUCUAGCACUACUGACGGCUCUCAGUUUACGUCAAAUAUUUUCUCCCUCUCCCCAUCCUCUCUCUCUCCGGCCGCACGUUUUCUAUCCAUUACACUCGAGCGUCCAGGGUCAUCAACGAUCCCAUCUCUUUUCGGGAUUGGAAAACACCCAUCGCAAUCUCAAGUACCACAAAUAGGAAGCGGUGAAGAUGUUCAGUAUGCCACAUCGGUCCCUAGCCUUACAUCCACUGGUAUAUCUGCCGGUUAUUUGUUCUGGAAGGCUAAUAUCGCGGAUAUAACGGUUUGGGUUGAUGGCCAAGCAAAACCAGUAACCCUACAAAAAAGUUCUUACGAAGCCAGCCCGUCCGCCAUAUUGGAUACUGGGGUUCCUGUGAUUCUUUCCACUAAGGUUAUUGCAGAUGCAAUAUACGGUGCAAUAGGCGUCUCACCAGCAAGCGAUGGGAAUUACUAUGUCAGCUGUACAACCCCACUAAACCUCACAGUUUCUCUCGAUUCUCGACUGCCAAUCUCGGUGCACCCCCUUGACCUCACUACCGAGCCCCCGUCGAGUCAGUCUUCAUCAUCGAAUUGUAUCGGCCUCAUACAAGCUGCCGAUCAGUUUCUCUCUAGCGUCGGUGUCGACAUGAUCCUAGGCGUUCCAUUCAUUCGUAACACCUACAUGGUAAUGGCGUAUCAAGUUCCGGAUUCGAAUGGAUCCUUCCCAGAUUUACGGGGCUCAAAUAAUCCUCAAUCUCCUUCAGACACUUCCACCAGUAACCAGCUCUCCCCAAGGCUCGGACUACAAGGACUUACAAACGCCACGGUUGCGAUGGACGAGUUUCAGAAAGUUCGAGUGUUAGGCCAGUCUAUAAAUGGGACGCCGAUGACCAACUCGGAUAGUAGUAAAAAGUCUUUGAGUGUAGGCCUGGAUGUGCUCUUUGGAUUGAUCGGGUUCUUUGGCCUCUGCUUCGUCCUCUUCGGAAUACGCUUCUGCUUCAUGAGAAGAAGAUACCGAGGCUCUGGCGCGUCAACUGACGAACAUGGUCUUCCUUCACGUGCCUUUGGAGAUGCUUCUGCUACGAAUUCUACUAAAAGCGGAGGUUUGUUUGCUUGGUUCCAUCCCAAGAAGAUAUCGAGUCCUUAUGUCGGAGACCAGAAAGGACUUGGAGCUUACGAACUUGCCGGAAGGACUUCUCCGACUACCGAUACGUUCCCUAGCGAGGAUGCUUUACGACAAAUGCGAUACCAGGCCUAUAUGAAUAAGGAGAGAUUAACAUCAGAAUACACCGUCAGCAGCGAGCAUACUCGAAUUGGGGAUGCCGAAGACGGUAAUGACGCAGAGAUGGGGUGGAGGAAAAAAAUUGGCGAGAAGUUUCCUAGAGAUACCUCUGACGGUCUUACGACUUCACGCACUCUGACUCAAGACGCUGAUUGGAACCCAGCGAAGGAGUUCGACUGGAACCGAGAUACUCUGGUCGGAUUGGAUUCACCGACGCAUAAUAAGGAUGAACAGAUAGCCAAUGCAAGAGCCCUUUCUCCCGAAGGCCGACCAAUUAUUCCUAGGCGGGAAUCGAGUGAUGCUGCUGGUUCUCGAAGUAGUCGGUUUGAGCCCUCAACAGACCUAUUAGGACAUGGCCGAGGCCAAAGUAUCACAUUACCAUUGCUUCAACUACCAGAAACAGCGUUGAUGCUCGACAGCACUCCCCUUACAUCACAAUCUACUCAAGACACAGCCGACCGUUCUCCAGCACAAACCACCUCUAGUCGUGAAAACGACUGGGACCUAGGAGAAUUUGGAAGCGGGAUGGCAGGAGUCGGUUCUGCUCGAAGGAACGAAAGACUACGAUCGGAGAGUCUCGACAUUUCCGGGGACAUCAACCUUCCAUCGAGUGUUGAGCGUCCUGCGUCGUCAUAUUCAUCAUAUUCAUCACGCUUCGAGCGAGGAAGACCAGCGCGCACACCAACUGGCCCCAGGCACUCUACGUUAUCAACUAGCUCAUCAAUAAUUCAUGACUAA